GGCCUCGCCCGUCCGGUCAUCUUGUGCUCAUUCUUCCUUUUACCCUUUCAACAUGAAAUCGUCCUGCCUCCUUGCCCUUCUCGCCGCGACGGCCGCCAGCGCCCAGUGGACCGACUGCUCGCCCGAGACCGUCGUCACUGUCAGCGACGCGCUCCAGUCGUGCGCCAAGAGCGCCGGCAUCACCACCCAGUACGCGGCCCUCAGCCUCGUCGGUCUCUUGCGCGACCCGACGUCCGCGACGGCUCAAGCCUACUGCAAGCACGAGCUGCCGGGCUGCACCGACGUGGCGAUCGCGAGCCAGAAGGCCAAUUGCAGCUACAACCUCUACAAGGGCUCGUGGGUCAACUUGCACGACGUCGUGCCCACGCUCUGCGCCUCGGUGCCGACCACGACGCCGACCAUGACGCCGGCGAUGACAACGGUCCCAGUGUCCGUAGCAACAACGGCUCCCGUGAAUGCGACGACAACGACCUCUGUGCCGGCCACGGUGGCGGUCAACGCGACGACAACUGCACCUGUUGUCAAUGGUACGACGCCCAACACCACGACGAACGUCGUCCACGUCCUCACGACGCCGCCGUCGCGCGGGUGCACGCACGUCAGUGUCGCGGGCGAUGCAACGUACUGCGUCGCGGGGCCGAUUUGCAGCGGCGACGGUCUUUUGCCGGCGGGCACCAAGUGUCCUCUCAAGGGCGAUGUGGCCGUCGCGAGCUGCGUGCGCGCGCUCCCGAGUUACGUCGACAGCGCAACAUGCGUGCUCCCGGCGAACGCUGUGUGCCAAAAGAUCCCGACGGGCGCGUGGGGCUGCGUGCUGCCCACAACCGCGUAGAGUCUCGCAUCCCGUCGUGCAUUUUGAACAAAAAAAUGAAUAAAUAGAUUAUAUACCGAGCACUCUAGAAGCCAGGUGUGGAAAGGGUCUUCUCGCUUUUGUACUAGUA